UAUAAGAAGGAAAGCUAUGGAAUAAUGGAACCGUUGUUGUGAAUAAUAUAAGUGUGCAAAUAGUUGGAAGUGCUUGUUCCGUUGUUGUUGUGUUGGUAUCGUACUCCAUCUCGUAAAACCAGUGUUUUAAUCAAGGUGCAAAAUGUGUCGAAUUACGUUGUUCUUAUUAGCUUCUCUGCUAAUCGUCCAAAGGAUAUCAUCGCAAUCGCCACCAGCAGCAGCCCCAGGACCCCAAACAACACCUAUACCUAUAAUAAAAUACGAAAAUCCAGGAGUAAAUUUCGACGGUUCUUAUAAAUGGAGUUACGAAACUGGCAACUCGAUCGUAGCCGAAGAAUCAGGCUACCUAUUGAACCCCGGCAGUGACCAAGAAGCCCAACACGCCGAAGGAUCGUACUCGUACACCGCUCCAGACGGUACCCUCAUCUCAGUAACUUAUGUCGCCGGUCCAGAAGGUUUCGUACCCCAAGGAGCUCAUUUACCGACACCACCACCGGUCCCAGAAGCCAUCGCUAAAGCUCUAGAAUACAUCCGCUCCCUACCACCAUCGCCAGAAGAUAACCCAACCGAACAAUCAUCGUCUCCUGCCCCAAAAACCAGAAGGCAUUAUAGAAAAUAGACUAUACGACUUCAUCUCUUUUAUUGCCAAUAUUUAUUUUUAUUUUUGUAUCAAAUUUUUUUUAAAAGGAAAAUCUCAAUCGAUGCGAGUGUACUUGAGGAAUUUUAUCGUAUACCUACCUAUUGAGUACAUCGUGUUUGUGUGUGUUUUUUCUCGCGAUAAUGGAGCUUAUUGAAAUAGAUGCGUUACCGAAAUCAUUAUUGUCAUGUAAGGCAGAUAUGCAUUUAUUGUUACCGUAUUAUUUUUUACCUAUACAUACAUUUUUACUAUAAGCAAAUUCAAAUCCUAUCUACAAAUUGGCUCCAUUUAUCUCAAAAUCGAGUGCCAUCGUUAUUAUACCUGUCUAUCCCUGAACAUAUUAUUUACUUAUUUACUAUACCUACCCUAUCUAGACUCUAUAUGACCCUAGACAAAAUAGCCCGUCUUGUAGCCUAUGGUUAGAAAUUAUAAUUAUUAUUUUAAUUGCUCAUGUUUUUAUGAUAAGAUUUGUUGCUGCGUUUAUGCCUAUAUCUUAUGUGUAUAAUAAUUAUACAUAAAUGACCAACAUAAUCAAAAUUUUUAUUCUUAUAAACGUGUAGUUUAACAAAUAUUGUAAAAACGGUUCCUUGUAUACUUUUUUUUAUACAAUAAAAUUUAUUUAUGAUUGUUUUAAA